AUGUCGCUACAAGGCGACGAGACCGCCUCCCGCCACACCUCCGUCUCCAAACGGCCUGGGUCAACCGUCUCACGCGCUCAGACACUCAUAAAACGCAACAUUGCCGCCAACGACCUCAAGCCGAGCGAUAUCCUCAUCGAGCGGUUUCAGGCAUGGAAACAUAUCGUCAAGAUGCUUAUCGCCUACUUUGAAGGCGUGGCAGAUAUCGAGAAUAACACUGCGCGUGAGCUGACCAAGCUCGGCGGGGUGAUCCAGGUGCCGUUUAAGGCGGGAAACCAGUUUCUCGGCGAGGGCGGCAUGCAGGAUGUCUUCUACUCCAUCCGUGACAAGACCCGACUCAAUGCGGACCACCAUGCGAAUUUUGCAAAGACGGUAGAAGGGUCGAUCGUACAACAUUUACAGAAGCUCAGGAUGGAGAUAAAGGCACAUGUCAAGAAUGUGCAGAAUGACACGGGGAAGCUGGCGGCGAACGUUGCGCGGGAACGCGAGUUCUCGACAAGGGCGAUCACCGAUCUGUCAAAGGCUAUCAACACGGCCAAGAAUUCGCCCAUGGGUGUACUAGCUAGGGAUGACCCCUACUGUGCGAACGUGUUGGUCCACAGGCAGCUGUUAAAACAGGUGCAUGAGGAGAACGCCCUUCAAAAAUCGAUCAUCCUGAUGCAGCACAACUCUGCCAACUUCGAAGAGGGCAUCGUUCGCUCGAUCCAGUCUGCCUGGCAAACAUUUGACGAAUGGCAAACGCGCAUGAUCACCGAUGUACAAGAAACUUGGCGUGCUCUGGCCAUGGCCAUGGGUGGUGUACCCCCGACAAGGGAAUGGGUCGCGUUCGCUGGUCGAUCUGACCAUCUCCUCGAUCCAGAUACACCUCUCCGCAACACCGAGCACAUUGAAUAUCCAGGAAGGGAUGAUCCGAGUGUCACGCCUGUACACGUGGGUCUCCUCGAGCGGAAGAAACGUUUCACGCGUACCUAUGCCGAAACCUACUUCGUUCUCACACCCGCUGGUUACUUACACGAGUACCCAUCCUCCGAUCCUCGCACUCACUAUUGGCCAACGUUCAGCCUCUUCCUUCCUGCAUGCACUCUCGGUCCUCCCUCAAGUGCGCGCACGGACAGGAGUCAUAAGUUCCACAUCGAGAGCCGCAAGGACAGCGUCCCCGGAGCAGGCAGGUUCCACAUCGGCUCCAAGGAGAUCGCAUAUACCUUCCGUGCACGCAGUCACGAAGACAUGAUGGAGUGGUGGAACGACAUCCGCAUGCUCGUUGCGCGCUACCUCGUCGCCAGUGAGGCCAUCGAGCGGCACGGCCCGAUCGAGGCUGCUGUACGUGCUGCUGGCUACAUGAGCGAGGAGGAAGAAGAGGGCGGCUCAUCCAUAGAAGAUGAGGAAGACAUCGACCAGGAUCAGUAUGACGCCGGACAGGACGGUACCGUCGCAAUCCCGUACGGGCACGAGGAAGACAACGUCGGUGUUGCCCCGGAGACCGAGCGUCAGUCCGAGGCACCCGCAUACACCGCGCCUGCCAAGCAGAUGGCGGUCACUAUGGGUCCUAACGGAUACCCUGUGCGUGAAAAAUCCAAGCCUGAGAUGUAUUGA